UUAAUUUUAAGAACAAACCAUCCACCCUCCACCUCCAUCACUCUCUCGCUCUCUUUCUCUCUCCCCGAUUCCUUUCUCCCCUCGGCCCUCUCAGUUCUUCUUCACACACGCCAGCGCCGCCGUGGCCUCCACCGCACGUCGCUCCUCUCUCAAUUCGACGCGCCGCCGCCAGCCGCUGAGCAGUGAAUAGGAGUUUUGAUUCGUGAUUGGGAAGGAGAUUGGUACGGCGUCCAGCACGUGAUUAGAUUUUUUCGCUUAGGCCUGAAACAUUAUUGGAGGAUUUGAGAAGGAUCGGGAUCAAGAACGGUUUGGCUAUGAAACGAGGAUACUCAGAAUCUCCAUCAGCAUCUUUGGGGCCUCCACAAUCCAGACCCAAGUACAAUCCAGAAGGUGAUGCUGAGUUCGAAGAUGAAAGCACCAAGAUUUUUGCUCGGAAAGUUGCUGAACAUUACAGUGCUAGGACGAAUCAAACUUUGGAAGAGCGAGAAGCUAGUGUUAUCAUCCAUUUGAAGAAACUUAACAAUUGGAUUAAAAGUGUCUUGGUUCAGCUUUAUGCUCGCCGAGGUGAUGCUGUUCUUGAUCUUGCCUGUGGGAAGGGUGGUGAUCUUAUCAAAUGGGAUAAGGCCAGAAUUGGUUAUUAUGUUGGCAUCGAUAUAGCCGAAGGAUCAAUAGAAGACUGCCGUACUCGUUACAAUGGUGACGCCGACCAUCAUCAGCGUCGUAAAAAGUUCUCAUUUCCAGCCCGGCUAAUAUGUGGAGAUUGUUAUGAGGCAAGGCUGGAUCAUGUCUUAGCAGAUGAUGCUCCAUUUGACAUUUGCAGUUGCCAGUUUGCAUUGCAUUAUUCUUGGUCUACUGAGGCUCGUGCACGACGUGCCUUAGCCAAUAUAUCAGCUCUUCUCCGCCCAGGAGGUGUUCUCAUUGGAACCAUGCCAGAUGCUAAUGUGAUUGUCAAAAAGCUUAGAGAAGCUCAAGGCUUGAUGUUUGGAAAUAGCGUCUAUUGGAUACGCUUUGAUGAAGAAUAUGCUGAAAAGAAAUUUAAUGCUUCCAGCCCCUUUGGUAUAAAGUACUUGUUUCAUCUAGAGGAUGCUGUUGAUUGCCCCGAGUGGAUUGUCCCAUUUCAUGUUUUCAAAUCGUUGGCUGAAGAGUAUGACUUAGAGUUGGUUUUUGUCAAGAACUCGCAUGAAUUUGUGCACGAGUACUUGAAAAAACCAGAAUUCGUGGAUCUAAUGCGACGACUUGGCGCCUUGGGUGAUGGCAACCAAGAUCAAAGUACAUUAUCUCCGGACGAGUGGGAAGUGGCAUAUCUGUACCUUUCCUUUGUUUUGAGAAAGCGAGGCCAACCCGACAGGACACAGGCACCAAAUAGAAGAUACAGGGGGCAAAUGCAAAUAGGAAAGGAGAACAUAAUGUACAUUUCAACCGAUUAAUUCAUCCAAGUCCUCUCCUGAGCUUCUCAUGGAGAAUGGCAAGGGAUCUGGGUGAAGAAGCUUUCCUAAAUGGAAGCAAUUGAGUUCAGCACCCCGAAUCAUCCUUCUCUCUCUCUCUGGUUUCUUUUUUUUCAAACUGUAGAAUACUGCUGAUCAAUUUUGUAUCUUUAUAACAAACAAUAAAAUGUAAGAUUGAACAGCCUUGCAACUUCCGAUAAAGAAAAAGAAAAAGACUGUAUAUUUAUAGUAGAAAAUUUGUUGCUUCUA